CUAACUUCUGAUAGAUUUGUUUGGACUGAGAAAAUGUAGCAUUGUGUAGUGAAUGAUAUUUACCGGGACGUUCAAGAUCUUGAGCAGUAUGGCAUAAUUGUCUACUGAAAUUACGGGCGAUUUUACGGAAUGGAGCAUAUUUCAGUUGAACGGACGCCUCGAAGGACCUCGAGGAAAGUAUCGGAGAACGUUCGCGAACUGCACAGCGCGUUAGCUAAAGUGCUUCAUAACGAAGAUCGAGCGUUCUUAAUUCAAUCACUAAACCAAUAUCAAAGAAAUAGAGAUGUCAACAGUCUAGUUGUGGCUCUUAAGUCGGUACUCAACACACCAAGGAAGAGAGAAGUCUAUCCGUUGUUAUGGCAAAUUAUUCCUCACGGUGACCAAGAUCUUUUUCACAACCUUUGGCAUCGCGAUGCAGAAGCUUCGCGCCAACGUAAUUUGAAAUCACCCGCUAGAUCGCCAGGGAACCUUCGCCGGUUUCCAACCUCUUCGAGUUUGCCAGACAAUCUUCAUCGACAUGCAUCUGACUCGGGUAUAGAUCUUCCAAAUAUGACGCAGUUUCAAUCCUCGAAAGAAACAAAAUACCCCAUUAAACGAUUAACUGUUAAGCGGCCUUCAAACUCAGGGUUUGGGUUCUCAAUUCGUGGAGGAGCCGAACAUGGCGUUGGUUUGUAUGUUUCUUCUGUGGAUGAAAACUCCGUGGCUGAAAAAGAGGGUGUUUUACCGGGUGACCAUGUUAUUCAGGUCAAUGGAACGAGAUUUGACGGGUUAACGCACGAACAAGCCGUCAAGGUAACGAAAAUUUUAAUUUCACUGCAAACCAUAAAAGCUUUGUUUGGCUUGAUGCCUUACACUGUGUGUCAUUUGUGAAAUUUCUCUAUUGUUGAAGUUUUUUGUUUUCUUGUUUCACAACUCUGUGAUACCCGACGGUUCUACUGUCUAGGAUUCUCUGGACAGUAAAAUUUGUCGGAACGAUGAUUUAAAUGACUCACGAUUUCGAAGAACACACAAACAAUUAUCUUUAUUCACGUUCUGAACACAAGCUACGACCCUUUUGUUCUAAAUAGCCGUAGGUGGUGUUAUGUUUGCAUUAAAAUGAGUGGUUCGUACACUGUGUGUUCGAUGUGAAUUUUUAAACCGGCAAUUUUCAUGAAAUAUCGCAGAUACUUCACAUCUGUUGCAACCUCUGAAUAUUGUUAAAAUUUUAUCGUACAGACUAAGUGUUAGAGUUCGACUUCGAUUACUCCAGGUUGUGUUUAUUUUGAUGCACAAGUGAAGUGAAAUUAAAAAGCCAUUUCCCUUUCAUCUCUGCAACCAUGUCAUACCUUGUUAAGUAUUUCAUUAUUUAUAAUACACCAAAGUUCAGACGAUGACAGCAUCUGUCGUCUCGUAGUAUUCAUAGGGAUUGUAUACGUUGUGCUGUUGCUAAGAAAAAAGAUAGCUUGCGUGGCAGGCGUUUAAAAGGGAAUCAGGGAAAGGGAGUUUCGUUCGCAAAUUGCAAGUUUGCAUGCAUUGAAGGAAAGUGUCAAAUGGUUACGUUAAAAGUCAAAGUGUUUUCCUUUACAAACAAUUGAUAAUACAUUGUAAGUCAAUAAGGCUGAGUACAGUAUGAAGAAAUUACGCAGAUCAAGGAUCAUAAUCCAUGCAGGGCUGCAGAGGUGGAAUAAUUGUUCAUGUCAUUUGAAAGCCAAAUUCAGUAAUUGUUUAAUUAUUCGUUCAAAAUGUUUCCAAGUUCUUAACACCCUUACCUCCUUGUAGACUUAUAUCAAGAGCCCUGACUAAAGUUCAAAAUAUUUUGAAUACAAGUUUAAAGAUGAAAAUUAAACUUCAUUAAUGUACAACAAGUUGCUUAGUCCUUGUUUUAUGUAUUUCUUUUUAUUGCAUGCAGAUUAUUCAGCACAGUAAAAAGCUCUAUCUGAUUGUCCGGUCAGUUGGUCGCAUACCUAACAGUUUUGUUGCGGAGUCCACAUGUAAGUGGGUAGACAUACAAGGUAGACGAGUGUCUCCGCCCCCAGGAUUUGAUGACAGUGGACAUAAAUUAACUGCGGAGAGCAUACACAAGAGUGAUUUAAGGCUUCUAGGGGAUGACGAUGAGCGCAAGGUUUGUCAAAAUAGACCUUAAGAUCAGACAACGGGGACAGCAAUGAGAAUGUCAAAAAGGAAAUAGGUUUAAUAAACAAAACAACAACUUUGCUCUUGCAUCGCACUUUUUUUCUGCAUUUUUUUUUUUUGGCAUCACUACAUGACCAUGACAUAAAAAUGCAUGACUUCCAUUUUAUGGUGGACAUAAGGCAAAAAAAUGAAUUUUCUUUGUCUUUCUCAACUUGGAUAUGGUUCUUAGGAAUUCAACUCCAGGAGUGAUUGCCUAAAUUUAACAAAGUGAUUAGUGAGUGGGAAUAACCCGGUGAAGAUUGAAAGGUGGCAAAUUUACUUUUUCAGCAACAUUUUUGCACCCUCUCUGUCCUCAGUUCUUAAGGUCCCUAGCUAAUGUGAUCUUCUGAUGGCAAAUGUUUUAAGAAUUAUCAGAACAAUGUUUGACUGUUUGACCUCAGGGCUUUAUGGACUUUGAGUGACUGAUGUAUUUGAUUUGCAGGUAAACAUCUUUGUUGAAGAUGGUGAAAAGUUAGGGUUGAUGAUCCGUGGAGGUGCAGAGUAUGGUCUUGGAAUCUUCAUUGCUGGAGUAGAUCGUGAUUGUGCUGCAGAAUAUGCAGGACUGAAGGUCAGCUCCCAUUGUAAAAUUAUUGUAAUAUUCAGUUUUAUUUGUGGUUUUAUAAUUAACAAUUAAUGAAUGAGGCUGAGUAUCUGAUGAAGAAUUAUGGAGAUCGAGUAGGGUGUUAUCGGCCGAGGUGGAUAACACCCUCCGAGAUCUCCAUAAUUCUUCAUAUGAUACGAAAGCUGGAUUCCAUAAUGGUUUUAUUAUUCAUUCAAAAUAAUUCCUAGUUUAAAAAUAUUGCUAACUGAAACAAGCUUACCUGCAUCCAUGUUAAGUUUAUCUUCGAUAAUUUAUGUUUAGGGUUGUCCAGCUUCUCAAAUAUUCUCCAAAUAGCAGAUGUCACCCUCCAAGUUGUCUUCUGCUGUUUUUGCUAUGUUUUUAGCCAUUAUUUCGCCCAGUUCCAGCUGUAGUUCUUACUCUUGAAAUGAGUGAAAUGUCUGCCAUUUUAGUUUUUACAAAGAAAACAACUCAAUCUCGUCCCCAGGUCUUCUCAGUUAACGGUGCAUUAACCUGCAGAAGGCUGCAUUUUUGACGUCAUUUCCUCGUGAAACACAAAAGUCUUCCAAAUUUUGUCAUCAGUAACUGGUUAUGGUGAAUUAUGCGUGUGCUUUUAGCCAAUCAGAAUUGGGGAAAUAUUUUGAAUGAAUAAUAAUAUAAAUUAAUGACUGUUAAUAAUGUAAUACUUGUGGAAAUGGGAAUCCCAGUUUCUAGUUCUAUUGUCUUGUUUUAGUACAUAUUCAUGAGAUAACAUCAGUACUAGCAGUGUUUGUUGCAGUUUGAACUAUUAGUCAAACAAUUUAGGCAAACUGUAGGGUACUUAAUACAUAGAGAUAAUUUUUUUCACAUUUUAACCUACUUAAAACUGCACUCCUUCUAUGUCAUUUUAAUGCUUCACUGCUUUGUGUUUGCUGUCAGUAUUUCUUCAGUAGCUCAUCAAUAUUUAGAAACUUUCAUCUGCAAUGCUUCCCAAGUCAAAACCCAUGGACAAUAAAUUAUUGUACAGUCACACCUUGCCUGCGCCGCAGACGUUGUAAACCCUCUGUAUAGAGCGUCUGCGAAUUAGUGCACAAUAUCGUGUUCGAAUCCCGCAGAGUCGCAAGGACAUAUGUCGGCGUUUUUGGUUGGCUAGUUUCUUACGCAGUUAUUGAUUAGUCCGAUUUGAAUGAAGUGUUGAAAAGCCAAACACAACUAAUAGCUCGUGACAAGAGAGAUUGAGCUCGUGAUAGUGUGAGACGUGACCUUAGAGUCAGCUUGAACAACAGAGGUUUUUCUUGCUCUCUUUUUGCGUAGUUUAUGCAGUGCACGGAGUAUUUUACACUUUGACUGAGCAAAUUUUUUUUGCCUCUUUGAGUCUCACAUUUAGAGGUUAUGAAGCUGGUCUGUUCCAUGCAUAUUGAAUAAUUAGUUCCUGUUGUUUAUGUUUCGGCAAAUGCUUUUUGACAGGAUUUAAUCACAGCAGCAGUUUUACCAUUAAUUGAUUUUCUUUUACCUUUGUUUAAGCCUCAAGCUUUUUUAUUGCGGCUAAAUAACCUCAGUUUCCUUGGUUUUCUUCGAAUAAUAGCUACAUGUGUGUAGUUUUUUUUUGGCCGUGAACAUCAUGAUUUCCUGAUUUGUUUUGACGCUAGAACUGUCGGCUAGAUUGCAGAAUACGGGGCAGAGGAUCUGCAGCGAUUGGAAGACGCUGGAAAACCAGUCGACAAAUUUACAAGCAAAUUCUGUCCUUGAAGGAAUUCUCUCAAAGCAUUUUUUUGUUCAGAAGAAGACUUUAAAGUUCGAACUGCUGUUACAUUGUUUACUGUAAGCGAUCCUUGCCAACUCCCUUCUGUCAAUUUUGACAUGUCACUGCGCCCAUCCGGCCCAUUAGGCCAAUCGUGAGGUACAUAAGAAACCCGUGAGAAACCCGCCUAUCAGAAACGCUCACAUAUGUCCUUGCGACUCUGCAGGAUAUUAGAACGAACUUUUGUGCACUAAUUCGCAGACGGACUAUACAAAUGUUUUUGACGAGUGCGUGGGCCGGCUGCAACGCAGGCUAUCACACCUGUAUAUAACAUAGUACCAAUUAAGCCCUCUACAUAAUAAAACUAAAAAGGAAAAAAAAUCACUUUUUGAGUGUCAAUGUAUUCAUCGUGAAAGUCCUAAUUGAGGAAACUAUUUUUACGACCCUGUUGUUGAUAGGACUGUCAUUUAAAUGGCCAUCCAAGCCUUAUGAAGGUCUAGCCAUUUGCCGGACAAAGGCAGUACCCUCAUUUCUCACUCUUUUUAAGGCCCUGAAUAUUAGUCCAGUCCUGGGAAUUGAAGCUGCAACAUCCUACUCUGCAGUCAGAUAUUCCCUCAACUCAGCUUGUCCUGCCACAGUUAUAAGUUGAUGAAUACUACUAGCAGGGGUAUUUUGCAGAAUGCCCAACUCGAAAUUACCAUUAAGUUAAGUGAUUUACAUGUAGGUUAGGUCAGUUUUCCCUGUAUAAUGGCCAUAAGUGGAUCCUGAUUCACUUAGUUUCCUGACCCUAAUCACUAAAUUAAACUUCAGAGUCAUUUGGUAUUCAGCAGCCAUUUGGCAUUUGCAAUAUACCCCUUCUGGAUGAAUAUGGGUACUUGUGAGUGUGAAUACAAUAAUUGUUGUACAAUGCACAAUUAUCAAGAUGUGGGUUCUGUUGUUUUUUAACAAAUACUAUCAGAACUCCAAACCUACUGAUGCUUGAUUGAGCAGCAAUGCAUAAUUUUAAACAUACAUUGUAUGGUGAAAAUAGUAUUGCUGAUAAUGAAGUUUGUCUCAAAGGCUGGUGAUCAAAUCCUGGACGUCAAUGGGCAAAGUUUUCUGAACAUCACUCACAAACAAGCAGUUAAGGUGCUGAAGUCAACCAAGAACAUGAUAGUUACACUGAAAGAUAUCGGCAGGUUGCCAUUCACGAGGGUGACUCAUGAUAAGACAAACUGGAUAACAAGAUCAGCUAAAAAUGGCCAGAUACAACGGUUAGUUGCAUUAUUUAAUGAUACACCUGCAAUAUUAUUAUUUUUAUUAUUGUGUUAUCUUAUUUGAACAGAAAAUAAGGUAACAAGCUGCUGGCUUGGGUGCCCUAUUGUUGCUGGUGAUAAAAUCUGUACCCACUUGUGUUGUUUUUUAUUAAAGCUAAAAGCCACUGUUGAAAGCCUGACAUAAUUUCCGUAAAAAACUGUCAACGAAUCAGAUUUUAAAGCUUAUAUGGGCAUUACAAGCUAAAUGCUGAGUAUUAAUUAUUGAUUAAAAAAAAACAUUAGCAGAGUGGAAUUGCAAGACCACACAUAAAACAUACAUAAUUCUAUGAUAAUCUUUCUAAUCUGUUUCUAAUCUGUUCUUCUGUAUCUCUUACAAGACUAGUCACCUACCUUGUUAAAACCGCUGGUUUCCUUUUUUAAUGUUAUGUACCUUGUACAUUAUUCUGACAGUGUUUACCGGCUAUCACAUUGUAUUAUGAAGUGGCUUGGCUCUCAAGGUAGCCAUUUUUGUCAUUAAAAUGUUUAGGAAAACAAUUUUUUUUCAAGUCAGGAAAUUUUUCUAUAAGUAAAAAAAAAGUCAGGAAAAAUUAUAAUUUUCAGUUUUCAGUUAUCACAGGGCUGUGAAGAGUAUAAGUAAAACAUUGUAAUCCAGAAAAGCCAUCUAUUGUCAAUUAAUUUUGAUUUUAUCUGAUUUUCCCAUAAAUAAUCCAAAUGCUUUGAAGAAAAUAAAGAGAAGAAUAUAUUUUGUGGUCUACGAACAAAACUGUGAAAGCUAAUAGAGCGGUUUUCACUUGACUGUCGAAAGGGAUUGGUUUUGGUUUUACUACGCCCUUUGGUUGGCUAGUGUAUUUACUUUGGUUUUGGUUUUACGACAGUCAAGUGAAAACCGCUCUAAAAGAUGAAAACACAAAGCCAGUCAACCUAUAUCAUUUAGAUGCAGGGUUUUAGCCAAAAUGUCGUAGCUGUCAAUUCACAAGUGAUCCCAGUGGAGGCACACCCUCAGGGCAAGCAAAUUUUGAAGCAUUUAAGCUGGUUAGGUUAAAGACUUCUAAAUUUGGAGAAAAAAAAACUUGCAACCUCUCUACUCUCUAGCCAUAGAGCUCGGUUAUAGGCUAGAGACAGUUCCACUUGUAACAAAAAAAAAAUUGUUUCCAAAAAGGGGGCAUCCACAAGAUACCUGGUUGCCAACCUGGCUUUGAAGAAUUUGUUUAGAUGUCGGUGAAAAGUUAAGGAAUUUGUUUCUCAUCUAAUGAGUGGCUACCCUGGUACUCACAUUUUCUCCUCUGUUUCACUCUCUGCACAUGUUAGUGUUCCUGAAGGCACUCACAUCACUGAAGUUGAAGUCCAUGCACCCUCUGCUCGCUCAACGCACCGAGGCCAACCUCCUCUAUCUUAUAGGUACACUAUCUGUUAGUUUAACGUUAUUUGGUUCUUUCCCUUUGUGAUUAUGGCUGGCAAAUACUUGUCAGUUUGACAUUGCUAAUGAUUAUUAGAUUUAGAAUUUUCUAUGUUUUGUUAUAAUAAUAUCAGGGCUCAAAAUUAAAACUUGCAAACUCCCGUGUUUUCGGAAUUUGCAAGUCAGAGGAAAUUCCUAUCCUGUAGCAAGCAUUUGUGAGUAUACACAUUUACACUGCACUUUUUCACUUUGUCACUUACCUGUACCCUGUACUCACAGAGAAUGACUUCACAUAUUUCGAGCUGCUUUUUCAACUCUUUCUUUCAAGGAAUGUCAAAAAAAUCUUGAUUGCAACAGCCGAGUUGGAGAUAAGAUGCUAGAAAUAAGUUUUAUCGCCUCACUUGUUAUUCUUUUCGUUUUGUUUUCCUAAUAAGUCGACACACAACAGCUGGCCGAAUGGGAUUUGAACGCGAUGGAGAGGUACGUUAUCUAUUUAUUUAUUUAUUUUUAAGCUUCUAAAUGCUUCAGGGGUAAGUCAGUUUAUUUGCAGCUUUUGUGAGUGAUAUGCUUAUCAUCAAACGCAAAUCAGUACAAUGCGGUGGUAGUAAGCUAAAUAAUAGUGGAGCUCCGUGCGCACUCGAGCGUAGCCCUAUACCUAAGAAAAUGUGGUAAUCUACCACAGAAUUAUGAAUUACGGUUGCAGGAUGUAAUAAAAUUGAUUGAGGAGGUCCAAGGAAAGCUGUGCCCGAAAACAUUAGGACAUGAUAGAGGGGCACAAAUGCUUAACCUUGAAAGCAGUUUUAAUGUCAGCACGAGUUACGUUUGUGUACAGCUGUAUGUGAGAAGAAUUUUGAUGAAUUCGACCUUUUUUUGUCUACGGUAUGCCUUUCUUCCUAAUAACAAUUUUUGUUUCUUUUUUAGAUGUCCAUGUUUCACCAUGGCAUUGCGGGAUCUCAAGUUUUGUACAAUGGUGGCUUCCCUACUCAAAAAAAUCUCAUUACUGAACAAGCUCGGCAAAUCCUGAAUGAAAAUGAGCUGGGAACCUUGGAUUACUACUUAGAAGAAUAUAGCCAAGGAUAUAUAACAGUCAGUGCUUUUGCACUGGCAUUGUUUGAUCUGCUAAACACCCCGGCCAAGGUAUGUUUUGUGUUCUUGUGUUCUUGUUCUCGAUGCAUUUCCUCUCAUUCGUGCAAUCACGCCUUUGCCGUACAAACUUAUAGACGGUUUAAGAAGGGGGAAUUUCGUAGUAUCCCAUGAUGCAUCGCUUCAUACUAUAUUAUCAAGCUUCCGAAAUCACGUGAUCCCAUCAGUUCAACAGGGACCCGACAGUUGAUCAACGGGUGGAAAGGAGCCUGCGUAGCUAGCGUUUCCGUUUGGUUUCGGAGCAAAGAAAGACCGAGGAACGAGUAGCCUGUGUACAGCCGCAGCGGGGCGGCUGUACACAGGCUCAAGAACGACGAGGAACGGGAUUUUCGGUGCCCCAUUUUUCGCGCGGCUUUUGAUUCUCGUUCCUUGUUCUUUGCUUCGAAACCGCACGGAAACCACCGCUUGCUACGCAGGCUACGAUGGGAAGCGACGUGUUUCGCUGAUAAAACCGUCUGUAUCUUUUCCUGUCGAUCUAUUUACGGUUUUCGUUUUAUUACUAUUCAAAAUAUAUCUCUUUUUUUGGUCUAAGGGAGUGUUUUGGCCGCCGAUAUUAGAUAACUUGCCGUCCGAUCGCAAGGUAGUCUACGCAGAUGUUCUGUGAUGGUGAAGCUGUCUUUACUUCUGUACGUCUUGUUUUAAAGUGUGUUGAUAAAGGUCUCCAUGGAUUAACAAAUAUUUCCAAAUGUUUGUUUUCAAAUAAACAUCUAUUCCAGGUGUUGAUUUCUCUUUGUUGCCUGUUUGUGAUCGGGAUGCUCAUUGUCAGUUCAAUAAUUCAUCAAUGCAGUGAAUACAUCAACCGUACAGGGACUGUACACGGUCAAGAAGUUCACGCCGCGCCAGUCAAAUUUUCUCCCGCACCGGCUAAAAACUUGACCUCAAUUUUGGCGUUCAAAUUUUUGAAUGGCAAGGCGUCUUAAUAUUCGUACGGUUAGCGUGGUUCGGUGUGAACGGAGCAGCUAACGAAUUUUAACCGGUUGAGAAUUCGUCCGGUGCUGUGUGAACAUUAACCUGCGUGCAAGCUCUCCGGGGCGCUUUGGCGGCGGGGCGGGAAAAGGAAGGAGAGCUUGCAACUACGUCUCUGGAAUUUGAAUAUCUGCAUCGAUGCGAAAUGCUGAUUGGCGCAAAUGACAUUAGUAAUGAUGUCAUUACCCUUGGAACAUGUUUUUUAAUGUUUGUUUAUAUUCGCGCUCGUUUGCGCUUCGCGCUGAUUGGCGGAAAUUCGGUAGCUUAGUCGACGGGGAACCACAGGGGAAUUGGAGGUGGAAUUCAAAUUCCAGAGGAUGCAAGCUCUCCUUCCUUUUCCCUCCAGGCCGCAAGAGCACCCCGGAGAGCUUGCUCGCAGGGUAUGUGAACAUAGCCUUCGAAAGCUACAGUAGGCGGUAACUAUGUUCGUUGAAGGACUGGAAAAAGGUACCUUGCGAGCAGCCAGACGAUACGCUACGCGUCCGGUCUGGAGAAACCACUGCUCGUAGGGUAGGAAGAAAAACCCUUUUUAACUUAACAGUCUCUGCGGGUGUUCUACAGGGACCUCAGGCAUAUAUGAGCAAAAUUAGCCUUUUGGUAACUUGGAGUUAUUUCGAACUUGCGGAAAAAACUUUUGCUUUGGAAACCCUUUUGUCACAAGAACGUUUUAGUAAACUAAGUACCAUGUAAGGCGCUUGCUAAUUGAGCAUUUUGUGUUUUGUAGAUGUCGUUAAUACAAGAAAUACGAAGUUCUGUUGCGCCAAGAGACAUUGAUAAAUUCGAUGACUUGGUUCUCAAAAAGGAAGUAGAAAUCAUGAAGGUAUGUAGAAUACAAAGGUAGCAAACGAGAGAGUUAUCCCUUAGUGCAACUUACUAGAGACCUUUAGAUUCAAGGACGAGGACGACUACGUGUACGAGAUUUGACUUAAAGUUUUUUCGCGUAUUCUCAAGACAUAGACUUCCAGGAAAGCUUCAUUUUACCAUUUUUCACUAGAAAAGUUAGCAUUGUUACCUUUAGUGAAGGAGAUUACACCCUCUCCUGAUAGCAAAGUGAUAAAACUUCUAACAUUUGAUACCUUGUUUCUGCCACUUCGACUACCACGUUUUCCCGCCAAAAUGACGCUGGUUCACGCGCGCGCAUUACUUACAUUUGUAGUAUUGAGAAAAGUCGUAUUCGUCGUAGAAUCUAAAGGUCUAUAAUGUUGAAUGGCUGUCUUCAAAUAUAGUAGUUAUAUACGUGGAUUCUACGUUGUGGAGUGCGGACUCCUUGCCAGUGGAACCUCCAGAUGCUGUAUUCCUGAUUCCACGUGCAAAAAUUUUCCGAUUUUGGAUUCCACAAGCUAAAAUUUCCGUCUUGUAACUUGCGACCACGACGACGACAGCGAUGGCAACGAGAGCGGCUAAAAGGAAAAAGGUUUUGGUUAGCAAAACAACAACUCUGUGCGUGCAUCACGCUUUUUUUUUUUACAUUGCUUUGCUGUCGUUACACAAUUACGGCGUCAAACUUUCUUCCUGAAUUCGUAAGUUUUCGUUUAGGGAGGAUUUGAACACAGGACAACGAUUUUCUUUUCUUUUCUUUUGUUUCUAAAAUUUAAUUCAUUCCAGAAUUUAACUCCAGAAGAAUUCGCCAUGAUUUGGCAAAUUGAACGAAAUGUAAUGAAAACGAUGAAGUUUUAAUUCACUCUUUUAGUGACGUCUUCGCCGCGGCCGCGCGCCUUCGCCGUCGUCGCCGCGGUAGACUUCUCUUGCUUGAGAGAGUCAGCUCCUAGGUCCUUGUUGUUUAAGUUUCCAAUUCCUUUUUCAGUGUACCCAGGUACAUACUACAUUAUGUUAAACCCUGCUUUCGCAGCCCAUUCGCUGAUUCAGCUUACCAUACUUGGAUUACUUGAACCUUAAGAUAGUAUAUAACAGUGGCAGUCAUAAUGAACAAUUUUUUUUAACAGACUCGCCAGUUUUUUGGUGACUACCUGGAUGAUGACCGGCACUCCGUACACUCCUUUGUAAGCAGUGUCUCAAGCUUCUCUGGAAAGGGAUCCUCGAGCAGAAGUUCAUUAAAAGUAAGUGCGUUGAAAUUUGUGAAAAAAACUCUUCAUAUUCUACUGAACGCUGGAAUCACGGAGUUGGGUAGUUUCUUGGUGUUGUUGCCUGCAUAACAGGCAGUUUUUUGCCUCAGGUACUACCUGCAAAUGUUUUCGUUGUUUCUAAGGUUCCCUAGAUGUGUACUGUUUCACACCCCAUCACCCCUCCCCAAGUGCCUGAAGCACGUACUCUGUCUAAAUAUUAUUUUGUUUUUAGGGUUCCUUAGAUGGUAGUGGAUCACGCCCCAUCACCCCUCCCCAGGUGCCUGAAGUACUACCUCCAAAUGUGAAGGUAAGAAAGAAGUUGAACGAUUUCACAUUCACGAUAGAAUUGAUCAUACUCUGGCUGCUGUUUUUUCCACAAACAUUUAAAGUCGUUAUCAUUUUUAAUCCAAAUCUCAUGAAUCUGUUUUGGUUCAAUUUUAUCCUAGGUUUGAAUUUUACUUUCCUAAGUUUCGAACUCAUUAUCUCGCGUCACUGUAGCUAGAAACAAUUUUCAGUCGAAUUUGCCGUAAACGCCCAUCCAAAAUGAUAACAUCAUUGAUAACAAUGAAGAGUCAGUGGUCGCUCACAAGCGUCGAACCACGACAAAUAAAUUUAAAAGAUUUUUGUAUUCUGUUGUUUUAUCUAACCCAUAACAGGUAGAAAAUGACAUGAAAGGUGACUCAAUGAAAUCUUACGAAGUUUAUGAGGCAACGCUCACAUUUAACGAUGAAAAUGAGGAGGUAAAUAUAUGCGAUACAAAAAACUCUUAUAGCGACCCAGAAUUGAUUUUUUUUCUUUGUUAUUGCUCAGAAGUCAAAGGAACAGAAAGAAACGCUGUAGUGCUUAUUGUCGACACAAUGCGAGCAGUAUUACCUUCGUCUUUGUCUUGAGUCGAGUAAUAAGCAAAAGAAAGACUCUGCUUCCAUGAUGAUCACCCACAGAUAAAUGGAAAAUUGUAAAUGGCUGGCUCGGAAAGAAUAAUUAUAUGGACGGCAAGAAUAGACACAUGUUUUGCAAAAAUCUUCUUGUUUGAAAUUUUUGUAUCCUCAGCGUUCCUACCUUCAUAUUGCAGAACAUUCACAAGGAUAAAUUCUGUUCUCACUACUUAUACUGGCAGUAUUUUCAUCACUUUACCGAAAAAGUUGACAGUUUUUUACCCCCGAAAAUAGCGUACCCUGAAAGCUUCAACAUGUAACUCCGGAAGUGAGGUGGUUGUUAGUUUCGGAUCUUACGGUAACUGACAAGU